AUGUCUUCCUCUUCUUCUUCUCCUCCUUCAUUGUUCAUAAUAAAGCCAGUUCUAUGUUCUAUUGUGUUGUUCUUAGCAACAUGCCCUAGUUAUGUUCUUGGUACCAUCGAGCUACAAGAUUUAGUCAUCGAUUCUCCUUUAUUAACCAAAAACAUUCCCGCGAAUCGAACCAUUAAGGUCGAUGAUGAAGGCGAUGGAGAAUUCAGAUCCAUUCAAGCUGCCAUAGAUUCUAUUCCUGAAGGAAAUUCUCAGUGGGUCAUCGUCCAUGUCAGGAAAGGAGUAUACAGAGAGAAGGUGACGAUACCAAAGAACAAGCCGUACAUAUUCUUGAGAGGAAAUGGGAGAGGCAAAACUGCUAUAGUUUGGUCUCAGAGUUCUGUUGAUAAUAUAGAAUCUGCAACUUUCAAAGUCGAAGCUCAUAACGUCAUUGUCUUUGGAGUCAGCAUCAAGAACGAGGCGCCUACUGGGGUUGCUUACACGUCGCAGAACCAAUCAGUGGCAGCAUUUGUAGGAGCUGAUAAAGUAGGGUUCUAUCAUUGUGCGUUCUAUAGCACUCACAACACUUUGUUUGAUUACAAAGGCAGACAUUACUAUGAUGAAUGCUACAUCCAAGGCUCUAUUGAUUUCAUCUUUGGCCGCGGCAGAUCCCUCUUCCAUAAAUGUGAGAUAUUUGUGAUAGAUGACAAGAGGACGGUGAUAAAAGGGUCGAUCACCGCACAAAACAGAGAGUCAGAAUCAGAGGAAAGUGGGUUUGUGUUUGUGAAAGGAAAGGUAUAUGGCAUAGGAGGGGUGUACUUGGGAAGAGCCAAGGGUCCUCAUUCAAGGGUCAUUUUUGCUAAAGCCUAUCUCUCUGCCACCAUUGCUCCUGAGGGGUGGGCCCACUGGAGUUACGCUGGCUCCACUCAGAACUUAUUCCAUGGCGAGUACAAGAACUUUGGACCUGGAGCUAAUACUACAAAACGAGUUAGCUGGGCCAAACAGCUUACUGAAAAAGAAGUUGAACCCUUCAUAUCUGUUGAUUUCAUUGAUGGCAAGGAGUGGCUUCCUGCUCACCUAUAA